AUGAAAACACUAGCAAUUUUAUCCCUGACCAGCCUGGUCUCUGCGCAAGCUGCUCCGUAUGCUCAGUGUGGCGGAAGCGGUUAUUCUGGCUCUACAACAUGCGUCUCUGGCUGGACUUGCCAAUAUCAGAAUGACUGGUUUAGCCAGUGUGUCGCAUCUGCUGUCGGUAGUACCACCACUCUAUCGACAAAGGUCUCAGUCUCUUCGACAACCACAACUCAAACGACCACUACUACAAAGGCAACCACCACUAGUCCCAGUGGGACAGGGUUCCCCACUACAAAUGGACUGGAAUUUGAAAUUGAUGGAAAGACAAGCUACUUUGCCGGUUCCAAUUCCUACUGGAUUGGCUUCCUCACUAACAAUGACGAUGUGGAUCUUGUGUUCGACCACAUGGACGAAUCUGGGCUCCGAAUCCUCCGAGUUUGGGGAUUCAACGAUGUCAACACUGUUCCAUCUUCUGGAACUGUCUAUUACCAACUACUCAAAGAUGGAACGGCCACUAUCAACACCGGCGCAGAUGGCCUACAGCGCCUGGACUAUGUGGUUGCCUCCGCCGAGGCACGGAAUGUGAAACUUAUCAUUAACUUUGUCAAUAACUGGUCGGAUUAUGGGGGUAUGGCGGCCUACGUCACCGCUUUUGGUGGCAGCCAGACAAGCUGGUAUACAAAUACUGCAGCUCAGUCGGCCUACCGUGCUUACAUUAAAGCUGUUGUUUCCCGGUAUAUUGACUCGCCUGCCGUCUUUGCAUGGGAGUUGGCCAAUGAGCCCCGCUGCAAUGGCUGUGACACUUCGGUUCUUUACAACUGGAUCCAGUCUACCAGUGCCUAUAUCAAGUCUUUGGACUCAAAGCAUAUGGUUGCCAUUGGUGAUGAGGGCUUCGGACUAGACACCGGGUCUGAUGGCAGUUAUCCCUACAGCUACGGCGAGGGUCUGAACUUUACGAUGAAUCUAGGGAUUGAUACCAUCGACUUUGCUACAUUCCAUCUCUACCCCACGAGCUGGGGAACCCCCAAUGAUUGGGGCAACGGAUGGGUCACAUCCCACGGAGCUGUCUGUGCAGCAGCUGGCAAGCCCUGUCUCUUUGAAGAGUACGGUGCCACUUCUGAUCACUGUAACAUCGAGGCACCAUGGCAGAAGACGGCAUUGGACACUACUGGCAUUGCAGCUGAUCUCUACUGGCAGUAUGGAGACACACUGAGCACGGGAAAAUCAGCCGAUGAUGGAAACACCUUCUACUAUGGAACUAGCGAAUUUACCUGUCUGGUGACGGACCACAUCGCAGCCAUUGAUUCAUAG